AUGGGGGGCACGGAGGAUAACCUAAGGGUAGAAAAUAAAGAGGUUGAGGAAGUGCAGGAGGAAGACAAGCAACGAGAAUUGGACCCAAACCAUCCUGUGCCCCCAUUUCCAGCACCUACGAAGUGCUACACCUGUCCUCAAUGUCAAAGGAGCAUUUCUCGGCGGACCUUCCGCCCCAAUCUGCAGCUAGCCAACAUGGUUCUGGUGAUUCGGCAGAUGUACCCAAUGCCUGGCGUUCAGAUUCCUGUAAGCGAGUAUGGCAUCUGUCCCAAACACCAAAAAGUCCUAAAGCUCUUCUGCCAGGUAGAUGAAGAGCCCAUCUGUGUGCCAUGCCAAGAAUCUGAAAGUCACAAACAUCACAGCGUGGUUCCAUUGGAUGAGGUGGUGCAAGAGUACAAGGAUAAGUUACGGGGGCAAUUAGAACCACUGAGAAAUUGCCUAGAGCGCGUGCAGAAUAUGAAGGCUAGGGAGGAGAAGCGAAUUACAGAGCUACAGAAGCGGAUGGAGUCAGAGCUGACAUCUGUGGCCUUUAUAUUUAUACAGCUGACCGAUUUUCUGCUCAAGGAGCAAGCACAGCUGGAUCAGGGUCUCCGACAUAUUAAUGAAACCCAAAUGAUGCAGAUGUCAUCAGCAGCCAGUGACCUCUCAGUGCGGGCUACUCAGCUAAGCCACUUGCUGGCCCAGGUUGAGGAGCAGAGUGGUGAUAUGGACUUCCAGAAGCUCAAUCACAUCAAAAAGACUUUGAAUAAGUGUAGGGAGGUAAGGCAGGAGCCCCUCAUUCCUAGCUGGUCCUGUGUCACAUACCAACCCCAAAUCUGUGAAAACCUGAAAGCUGCCGUGGUGAGGAAGAUGAAGCAAGUAUUCUGUACAUUUGUGAAAGAGGACCUGACACUGGAUCCUGACACGGCUCAUCCAAACCUGAUACUGUCUACUGACUGUAGAAUGGUCCACUUGCCAGGGCAGCAGCUGGAAGAUGAGUUCUAUCCCAAAAGAUCCUUUAGUAAUUAUUACGUGCUGGCAUCCCAGGGCUUCUGCUCUGGCCGGCACUACUGGGAGGUGGAAGUGAGUGGACCAACCGGCUGGGCAUUAGGUGUUGCUGAUGAAUCGUUCUUUCAUAAGCAAAAGAUGCGCUCAAGAGGGUCCUUUCUGGAUGGCAGCAAUUUCAGACCCUCAGGCUGUAAUCAUCUCAGCCAGCCUCAGCUGUCCUGGGGGCAAAGCUCCCCCGGAAAAAUAUGGUGUAUGAUCAGCCAACUGAAGUCACAGGAGGAGAUAAUUCCAAGUUUAGACAAUAUAAAGCGACGUUUAGGCGUGUAUCUGGACUAUGAGGCCGGGCACAUGGAAUUCUACCUUUUGCACAAUCUAACCCGUAUCCGCAGAUUCACAGUUACCUUCCUAGGUGAACGCGUCUUUCCUUUCUUCCGGCUGUUCCGCAAUGGCACCAACAUGAAGAUAUGCUCUUGA